AAGCGCAGACAUGGGCAGGAGCGCCAGAGCGCGCUGGGCGGCCGCGGCGCUGGGCUUCUUCGGGCUGCUGUGCGCCGUGCUGGGCGCCGUCAUGAUGGUGUCGGUGCCCUCCAUGAUCAAGCAGCAGGUCCUCAAGAAUGUGCGCAUUGACCCCACCAGCCUGUCCUUCAGCAUGUGGAAGGAGAUCCCCGUCCCCUUCUACCUGUCUGUCUACUUCUUCGACGUCGUCAACCCCAACGAAAUCCUCCAGGGCAGGAAGCCGCGGGUGCGGGAGCGCGGGCCCUACGUGUACAGGGAGUACCGGCACAAGAACAACAUCACCUUCAACAGCAACGACACGGUGUCCUUCCUCGAGUUCCGCAGGUUCGAGUUCCAGCCAGACAAGUCCAGCGGCUCCGAGAGCGACUACAUUGUCAUGCCCAACAUCCUGGUCCUGAGUAGUGCUGUGAUGGUGGAGCAGAAGCCCAUGGGCCUGAAAUUGCUCAUGACCUUGGCAUUCAUGACCUUCCGCCAGCGCGCCUUCAUGAACCGCACCGUGGGUGAGAUCAUGUGGGGCUACGACGACCCCCUCAUAAGCGUCAUCAACAAGUACUUCCCGGGCACGUUCCCCAUCAAGGGCAAGUUCGGGCUGUUUGCUGAGCUCAACAAUUCUAAUUCCGGUCUCUUCACCAUAUUCACCGGGAUCAAAAACUUCAGCCGGAUCCACCUUGUGGACAAGUGGAACGGGCUCAGCAAGGUCAACUUCUGGCACUCAGACCAGUGCAACAUGAUCAACGGGACGUCCGGGCAGAUGUGGGCGCCGUUCAUGACUCCCGAAUCCUCGCUGGAAUUCUACAGCCCCGAUGCCUGCCGGUCCAUGAAGCUCAUCUACAAGGAGGCGGGGGUGUUCGAAGGCAUCCCUACUUUCCGGUUCAAGGCCCCCGAAACCUUAUUUGCCAACGGGUCCAUCUACCCGCCCAACGAGGGCUUCUGCCCCUGCCUGCAGUCCGGCAUCCAGAACAUCAGCUCGUGCAGGUUCAAUGCACCCCUGUUCCUCUCCCACCCUCACUUCUACAAUGGCGACCCGGUCCUGGCAGAGGCGGUGCUCGGCCUGCACCCUAGUGAGAAAGAGCAUUCUCUGUUCCUGGACAUCCACCCGGUCACGGGGAUCCCCAUGAACUGCUCGGUGAAGCUGCAGCUGAGCCUGUACAUGAAGGCCGUCGAAGGCAUCAAACAAACCGGGAACAUUGAGCCCGUGGUGUUGCCGCUGGUGUGGUUUGAGGAGAGAGGGGCCAUGGAGGGUGAGACCCUGCAGACGUUCUACACCCAGCUGGUGUUGAUCCCCAAGGUUCUGCACUACUCGCAGUAUGUCCUCCUGGCCCUGGGCGCCGUCCUGCUGCUCAUCCCUGUCAUCUACGAGAUCCGCAGCCAAGAGAGAUGCUAUUUAUUUUGGAGUAGUCAUAAGAAGGGCUCCAAGGAUCUGGAGUCCGUACAGGCCUAUUCUGAAUCCCUGAUGACUUCAGCUCCCAAGGGCACUGUGCUGCUAGAAGCAAGGCUGUAGGUGGCUGCCAGGGCCCCGGAGAUGCCCAGAGCCAGCCCAGCCCCACCACUCAGCCAGCCCGGCUCCCCAGCCCCUGCCGCUCCAGCGCCCUCUCAGCCGACAGCCCUCCGGUCCCAAAGUCUGAGCCACACGCGUGUCCGCACACUGCACACACCCCUGACACGUGUAUGCGUACGCGUACGCAGGUGUGUGCAGACACGCUCAGGGCCGGGGAUGCUGCUGAGGGGACUCAAAGAGAGGCUCACCAGCAGGAACUUUCUGGAGCCUUCCGGAACCUUCUCUCCAAGGCACCCACAGGCAUGCGGGUGAACCUGUUCAGCCGCUGGGCCACUUGUCCCCAGCCACCCUCUCCAUCAGUCUGCAAACACCACGGCCUCCGCUCGGCUCACCCAGCAGGACAGGGCUUUUACUCCUAGGGUGACCGCUGUCCGAAAACCCAGCCCAGAGUGCAGACUUCUCAUGCCAAAGCCAGUGGACAGGGGCCAUGGGCUCAGGGCUCAGCCAGACCCAGAGCUGUGGCCUCUGUGCCCAUCUGAGCGGGGACACAGCCCCUUCACGGGCCUCAGAAGCCAGCGAGAGUGAGACGCCCCGUUGGGAAACUGACAUCGUGCUGUAUCCUGAGCCAGCUACUCCUGGCUGGGGUGGCAGGAGGCUGUGCCCCGAGCUGCCCCCCAUGAGGGCCCCCAUCCUUUAGGUGCCGGCCCGAAGUGGACAGGUCUGGGCCCUGCAGCUGGACGUCCCGCCAGGUGGGAGGCCCGUCCGCCUGCGGCUUCUGGUCUCCGGGGCUGCCCUGUCUCUUUUCUACUGGAAGGAAAAUGAGUUUUAUCAUCUUUUAAAAAUAAUUUACUAUUGAAGUAAUAAACCUU